CGGAGUCAGUGUCACGUCACGCAACUUUGCAUAGUGCGUGUGCAUGUGUGAGUGUGUAGUGGGCGUCUCUCUGUCUGUCUGUACUGGGCUUGUUCGCUUGCCUUACGAUGGCAGCUUCGUACGGAGUGGUUCGAUCGUACAUGCGGCCACACACACAGACACACAGACACAGAGAGAGCUCGUAAGCGACACAGCACCAACCAACACGAGUAGAAAACGAACGAGGCAGAUGGCCAGAGCAUAUAAGAGACAGCCCAGCAAGUAGUGUGUGCGGUGCGCAUGACAUGACAUGACUGACGUGUGGCAGGCAGGGCGAAUGAAUGGAUGGAUGGGGCCUAUCCAUCCAGAGGGGUGGGGUGGGGUGAGGUGGGUCGGUCAGCUUACGCGGACGUAUUUGUGUUUGCUGCGGAUGGUCUUGUCGUAGCAGUUGAUGCCCUCCAUGAUGACCUUCUUGGCCUCCUCGGGACCAAAGAAAUCCUCCACAGCCACCUGACGUCAUACACAUGACAUGUGCCAUCCAUCCAUCACACACAUACCACACAGAGAUGCAGACAGACACUGUGUGCUAGCUACGUGUGGGUCGGGUGUGUGCGGUGAGCUGGCUGACUGACUGACUGACCUCUUUGUUUUCGUUCUUCUUGUAGUCUGCAUUCAAUGCAUUGGGCAUACAUAAUCAAAUCACAAACACAGAUAGAUAGAUGGUAUGGCUGUGGUGCGUGUGGCGGGUGGGUCUGUCUGAUUGAUUGUAGCACCGCACGCACCUUCGAAGAACCUUUUGAUUUCCCUGAGCCGGUGGGGGGCCAGCUGGGAGAUGUUGUUGAUCUCACGGUACUCUACACACGUUCACACACACACACACACACACACAGAAACAUACGCCGACUGCUGUGUAUGCCUUUUCCUGUAUCUAUCAGCUGCCUCCCCUCACCGGGGUCAUCAAGGUGGAUGCAGAUGAUCUUGUCGUCCUUCUCGCCCUGAUCUGCACACACACACAGACAGACACACUAGGCAGAAAUCCGGCCACAGAAACGACGCCAGUCAAUGGCCUCUGGCUGACCAAGCAUGUCCAUCAUGCCGAUAGGCCGCACCCUCAGAAUGGACAGAGGCACCACAGGCUCCUGCAUCAACACCAGCACGUCCUGCACCAACCAGACAGACAGACAGACAGACAUGUGCCUGUGUGCAUUCCAGCAUCCAUGUGCUCGUGACGCCUGCGCUCACGAGAGGGUCGUGGUCCUCCCCGAGUGUGCGAGGGAUGAAGCCAUAGUUGGCGGGGUAGAUGACUGACGAGUACAGCACGCGGUCAACAAUCAACAAACCGGAAUCUGACCCACCACCCACCACCAACACAAACACACAGCACCAUCAGAGAAGGAAAUGGCGCCGCGCCCGGCUGUGCUGCCCCCUUCCUGCCUGCCAGCCUGCCUGCCUGGUUGUAUGUAUAGUCGUCGUACUGACUGUACCUUUGUCUAGUUCGUAUUUGACCUUUGACCCCUUUGGUAUCUCGAUGACGCAGUAGAACUCGUCAGGCACCUUGUCGCCGAUGUUGACGUCGUGCCACGGGUGAGUCGUCGACGCUGCAAAGCAAACACAACACACAUACAGCAGCGCAGCACACAGGCAGCAGCAUCAUGACGGGCUGAUCUCUCUCUGCAGCGGCUUACACAUGGUGGUGGCGAAGGACGGAUCCGCUGGGCGCUUGAUGGUGCAGAAGAGAACGCAGUGCAAACGGAACGCCAGCCGGGCAAUGCUUGUGCU